AUGUAUCUUCCAGAGACAGCUUCCAUGCUCCAAGGAGAGUCACCAGGUUCAAUCCACCACGCAGCUGAGCCUUGUGCAGCACAAAGAGAGACAGAAGCACCUCGUUCCCCUGCCUUGGCUCAAUUUCCAGACCCCCCAUCAGCUCCAAAAGCUGCCAGCAGCCCAAAGGGGCAGAGCCCCAAGGAGAGGAGCCUUCAUCCACAGCUCCUCUCCAGCACAGGGAAUGAAGGAGGCUUCCAAAGGCUGGCCCUGCACCACGAAGCCAAUGCAGGUCAAACUGAUAUGUUGAAUUUUCUCUGCCAGGAUGGUAGCAGGACAUGCCCUGAAGGAGCUGUGGCCAGUGAAAAGCCCAUGCAGGAGCAGCUUUAUCCUGAAGGAUUGCAGCCCGUGGGAAAUCCAGCCCACAUGGGAGCAGGAGAAAACUUUGAGGAAGAAGGAGCACGGCCAGUGGACAGAGCUAGCCCAAGCGCGACGGGCCGCGGGUGGGCAGCGUCAGCUGGCGCCCAACGUGGGGCUCUACAGCCCGUGGAGACCCCCGGAGGAGUCGUUUUUUGGAUUAUAAAGACUUUUGGGCGGCAGCUACCCCGGUUGCAGCAGGCUGGUUUUUGUCCAGCAGCGCUCCCGGGGGAAGGAGCGACAACCUCUCUGCGCACGAGGGACCGCUCCUGGGGCUUUGGACAUCUCCUGCAGCUCCUGUCAGGACUGGGAGGAGCCAUCCAGAAGAUGACAGCCCCAAAGACCGUGAUCACCAUCCUUAGUGUGAUGUUGGCCGUGGCCCAGACCAAGGGGUGGAUCGUGCCUCAACCCAAACAAAAUGUUUGGAUGAUGCUGGCGAAGUCCCUGCAAAGGGAAGAACUGUGCCUUUCCACCGGAGCAGCGGGGAACCCGAUGACAACAUGCCUGGUGGGGAUCCCUCUAAAACCGGAAGAGUUUCCCGACUCCCUUACUACCCUGCUCCAUGACGCCAACCAAGGGAGGCCAGCUCAACGUGUCGUCCGCUCUGCGCCAGCGUACAAGAUCAGAAGGCCAGCAAAGAACCCCCUCCUCCUCUGGAGAGACUGGCAAGCCACGCUUGAGAAGGCGACUGUUGAGCCCCAGGAGUUCGACCUUUUGGACUCCUCCCCGGCGUCAUUUUGUGUUCACUUUCGGUACUACCCUUCUGACCCUGCCCCCUAUCCCAAAGUGGUGCAAGUGAACAAGCAGUUCCAGGCAGCCAAAUGGUGCCAGAACAUUGCCCACGUGAAGAUGCCCUCAACCCUUCACCCUACCCCUCUUCGGUUGCCCAAAGGUUUAUUUCUCAUCUGCGGAGAUCGGGCAUGGGCAGGCAUCCCCUCUCGCCUUCUCGGAGGGCCGUGCACACUGGGCCGGCUGUCCUUGUUUUCACCCAACACGACCCAAAUCGAAAAUUGGAGCCAAAAGAAUAAUUCGGUUAUCAAGAAGCGCAGCCUGGACGACCUGGAUCCAGACUGUGACUCAGAAAUUUUCCAUUGGAGCAAGCUAAAACGGGUAGCAGUGUCUGUUUUUCUGCCCUGGUUAGCCGCUGCUCAAGCCCUUGGAGAAUUAGGCCAAUUCGAGUGUUGGGUAGUAAAACAAGCAAAUUUAACGUCAGCUGCGCUAAGCGACCUCCUCGAAGACGAGGAAAUCACCAGGCAGGCCACCCUCCAAAAUCGGGCGGCCAUAGACUACCUGCUGCUCCUGCACAACCACGACUGCAGGGAAUUUGAGGGGCUUUGUUGCAUGAACUUAACAUCAAAGAGUCCCUCCAUUCGCCAGACCAUUGAGCAAAUGAGAGGCAUGGUCCACCAGAUAAAACAAGAACAUGAGGACUGGGCCACCAACAUCUUCUCUCAUUGGGGACUGUCCGGAUGGCUCUCAUCCAUCCUGAAAACUGUUUUAUGGAUUAUUUUCAUCAUUUUUAUAAUUUUAGUUGCGUUCGCCAUUUUAAGAAGAUGUUUAAUUCAGUCUGUUCUGCACCUUGUAUCUCCUCCUCCCCAAGUUAAUUUUGUUGAUGCUCCUUCUCCUCCUUCCUCCUCACCUCCACCCUCUCCCUCCCUUAAAGACUGGUUCCCCGAGCCCUCUGCACCUCCUGCGGAUGCAACCUCCUCUUUCUAA